CUGCUUCUCCCUGCAGUCUGGGUUACAUUCCUCCGGAGCGCCCGCUCAGGCCGGUUGUGACAUAGCCCGAAAACUUUCCGAGGGAUUUCUGCCGCGGGCUGGGAGACCUCCGAAAGCCUUCAGCCUCACGGGGACCACCGAGAGGAGAGCCCCCCACGUCUCUCGGCUCUCCCCGGGGUUCGGGGGUGACCCCGCUCCGCACGGAGCCGCUCCGCCGCCCCCCGCUAUGGCAGCGCUCCCCGGGACGGUACCGCGGAUGAUGCGCCCGGCGCCGGGGCAGAACUACCCGCGCACCGGCUUCCCUUUGGAAGUGUCCACCCCGCUGGGCCAGGGCCGGGUGAACCAACUCGGAGGGGUUUUCAUCAACGGGCGCCCACUGCCCAACCACAUCCGCCAUAAGAUCGUGGAGAUGGCUCACCACGGCAUCCGGCCCUGCGUGAUCUCCAGGCAGCUGAGGGUCUCCCACGGCUGCGUUUCCAAAAUCCUCUGCAGGUACCAAGAGACGGGCUCCAUCCGGCCCGGGGCCAUCGGGGGCAGCAAGCCCAGGCAGGUUGCGACUCCCGACGUGGAGAAGAAAAUCGAGGAAUACAAGAGGGAGAACCCUGGGAUGUUCAGCUGGGAGAUCCGGGACAGGCUGCUGAAGGACGGACACUGCGACCGCAGCACUGUGCCCUCAGGUUUAGUGAGUUCGAUUAGCCGUGUGCUACGCAUCAAAUUCGGGAAGAAAGAGGAAGAGGAGGACUGCGACAAGAAGGAGGAAGACGGGGAGAAGAAGGCCAAGCACAGCAUAGAUGGCAUCCUGGGCGACAAAGGGAACAGGCUGGAUGAAGGCUCCGAUGUCGAAUCAGAACCAGACCUGCCUUUGAAGAGGAAGCAGCGCCGCAGCCGGACCACUUUCACCGCCGAGCAGCUGGAGGAGCUGGAGAAGGCCUUUGAGAGGACCCACUACCCGGACAUCUACACCAGGGAGGAGCUGGCACAGAGAACCAAGCUCACCGAGGCCCGCGUUCAGGUGUGGUUCAGCAACCGACGAGCAAGAUGGCGCAAGCAGGCGGGUGCAAACCAACUCGCAGCAUUCAACCAUCUGCUGCCAGGGGGAUUCCCACCCACGGGAAUGCCAACUCUGCCCCCGUACCAGCUGCCAGACUCCACCUACCCAACCACCACCAUUUCCCAAGAUGGAGGCAGCACCGUGCACAGACCCCAGCCCUUGCCACCAUCCACCAUGCACCAGGGAGGGCUCGCUGCCGCCGCUGCAGCCGACUCCAGCUCUGCCUAUGGGGCCCGACACAGCUUCUCCAGCUACUCAGACAGCUUCAUGAAUGCUGCAGCUCCUGCCAACCACAUGAAUCCUGUUAGCAAUGGCCUCUCUCCGCAGGUGAUGAGCAUCCUGAGCAACCCCAGCGGGGUUCCUCCACAGCCCCAGGCUGACUUCUCCAUCUCUCCUCUUCACGGUGGCCUGGACACCACCAACUCCAUCUCUGCCAGCUGCAGCCAGCGGAGUGACUCCAUCAAGUCCGUGGACAGCCUCCCGACCUCGCAGUCCUACUGUCCUCCCACCUACAGCACCACCAGUUACAGCGUGGACCCGGUGGCCGGCUACCAGUAUGGGCAGUAUGGACAAACUGCUGUUGAUUAUUUGACCAAGAACGUGAGCCUGUCCACGCAGCGCAGGAUGAAGCUGGGAGAACAUUCGGCCGUUCUGGGGCUCCUACCAGUAGAGACAGGCCAAGCUUACUGAAGAGUCCGACUGUGCCAACAACCCACUCCAGCAACUCGGUACCACUGGAGAAACACUACCAGCCUUCCAGGGAUCUGCCUGUACCCAGACCCUACUCCUUCCCAACUCCCUUCCACCUCGCAUCAACUUGUGAAGGAGACGGGAAAGAUGGGGAGGGCUCUCCAAGAAUCCAGCUCCUCCCAGGGCACUCAGAGGCAAGCCUGGCCUCAUUGACCUGAAUUCUGUGGCCAGAGACAAUAGGUUGGGUACAUUUAUUAACCCCGAGUUCAUGCCCUCCCUCUACCUGGCCAUGGUGUUCUGCCCAUGCUUAAGGACCUUCCAUUGAUCUAGGUAGUUGGCAUAGUCAAAGCCAAAUUGAUCUUUUUUUCUUUUCCUUUGUAAAAAAAAAAAAAAAAAAAAAAGUUUCUUUUUGUUUCCUUUUCUUUCCAUUGGUGUAAAUUUGGUGAAUGUUGUAUAGGAAGGAAUAACCAAGCUGAUUGUUAAGGAUGAUAUAAUUCGGGACCACAGAAGACCUAUGGACCAAACAUAAGAACUUGUUUUAAACAAAAACAAACAAACAAACAAAAAGCAGCAACGCGAACACAAGAAAUACGAACAAACACACAAAGACAAACAAAAAGCUCAGACGUAAAUUAAAGAGACAACAAACGUCCCCACCCCACUCUACCCUUCUGUUCUCACCGAUGGCUUCCCAAAGCAGGGCCAAAGCAGGCCAGAUUGCUGCUAAGCAGGGCAGGGUGGAUGUCCGUCCAGCCUGGGACCUUCGGAAGGUGUAAAUGUGAAUUGCUGCAUGAGGACUGGAGAUCGUGGGCACAGGCAUGAGCAACAUUUAUGUUUCCUCCUAGGGACCAAGUUUGACCUGGUUAUCACCAAAAGGACACGGGCAUCAGACAGUGGCAGAAGAUGUGGUAGCAAACUCUGGCCAGAGAGAGGGCAUCAGAUACAGAUGACUAUUGUGGAGCUUUUGCCCUUGCAGUCAAGAAGGGCGAGGACUGUCAUGGCCCUUUCAUCCUUCAGUGGGAAAGAAGUUGGCCAUUGAGAGCAAAAGCAGUGGAGAGAAGGAAGAGUCAAAGAUGUCUCAGAGGGUCAAUGUGCAGAAUGGGGUUCUGCUGCAAGGAAAGGGCCACCUGAAUGAAAGUGGGGCGGCACAGUCGGAUGAGUUCUGCUCCAGCACGUGCUUCUAGGGCCAGGUUGUUACAGACACUUCUGCUGUGCCCUUUUUCUCUCACUGCUGUUUCUUCAGUUCUUUCCAAAUAAUCUGACGUUGUUUUUGCAGCUGAAACAACGUUUUCUUGGGGAACUGCCCCCUGCCUUGCCCCAGCCUCAUUUAUCAUGAACCUCCAAGCUGCUUUCUCCUGAGCCAUGUGGGCAAGUACCUGUCGGGACCAAAGCCGAAGUUUGCUUCUUACAUUGCUCAGCACCCUGUCAGACCCAUAUACAGCAUUGAUCAGCAUUGCUGCAUGUGGGUGAUGGAUCCUACAUUCCGAAAUGCGUGCUGACACACCAGCUUGGCCGUUCUGCCAGUCACACCAUCCACAGCAAUGCCCUGGUUGUGCCAGUCUGAGCUCUUGGAAAGCAACACAAGAUGCUGCCCUUGAGCUGAUCGAAGGGAGAAAUCCCUUUUGAACUCCAGUCUUGGCUUAAACGUCAUUCCCAAGUCACCUUCUGUGAUUGCCAUAUCAGAACAGGGGGUUCUAGGGCAAGAACAAGGGUGUCUGUGAUGGACACGAGCAUAGGGGUUAAUGCCAGAAGGACCCAUUUGCUGAAACAACCUGCUCUUUAACAAGAGGCCAACAAUCCCCGCUACUUCACACUGAGAUUUCUGACCAAAUGCAUUCCUCGCUGCCUGCAAAACUAGAAGGAAAGCUUCAGUUUGUCGCAAGAAUCGCUCCCCACGAGCAAAAUCCUACCAGCUCUCUUCUCCCCACUCCAUCCUAUCUCCCAGCCGUGCAUCGAGCCCACCUCCCAGCCAUCCCCAAGGAGCGGUGCACAGAACCCCACCAAUCAAAGUCUUAAAGAGAGGGAGCACCCCAGAACCCUGUUUGCCAUUCACCUUCACCUGAAAGUCCGUGAGCACCCGGGCACUGCUGUAAAUAGAGUUUGUAGGGGAAUCCGAAUCGCCCCGCUAGCACCAAUAGCUGUUCUCUGACCUUUCCCUCGUGGUCGCACUUUGUACAUUAGCUGGAAAUUUGGUCAUGUGCUGUAUGUUUAUAGGAAGUUGACUUUCUUUCUUUCUUUCUUUCUUUUUCUUUUUUUUUUUUUUAUACUAAAAAAACACAGUGAGUGCCGUGCUAGUUAAAAAAAAAAUAAUAAUAAUAUUAAAAAAAAAUAAAAAGAAAAAAAAAAAGAAAAAAGAAGAAAAAAAGGGGGAGUGGGGAGGGCGAAACGUAGAAAUUUUGCCUAUUGUGUGUUUUCAAAAUACAUUCCAGAACCUUUGGGGUGGGACGGGUUUGAUUUGGGGAAUGCUUUUUUUUUUCUUUUUUUUUUUUUUGGUUGUUUCUUGGUUUUGCUCUGAAGGUACAUUCAUGUAUGAGAGUCCAAGUAUUUUAUUUUAUUUUAUUUUAUUAUUUCUUCUUUUCCUUUUGUUUUACGGGUUGCCAACCUCAGUUCUGCUGAAAAGAGACAAACUCAGGGGGUAGGGUGGGACAGAACGGAGGGAGGCGAAAGAAAACCGAGCAUGGAAGAGCAGAGCCGGUGGUGGGACCUUGAGGGACGUGAGGACCCAUCGGGGACGGAGCAGACCUCCACCCAACGGUGGCUUUGUUGGGAUCCCAACCACACGAGAAGCCAACGAGCAAAGGGCCGUGCUCCGUUCUCUCAGGUCAACAUUUCUUCCAUGCCUGCAGACUGAGAUCCUUGUGGGACAGCCAACCCACCAGUGGGUUUUGGACCUCCCCACGCCCCUGCUUCACCUCUCAGCACCGUCCUGAGACCACAAAGUGGACAUUUCCUCACUGUGUCCAAUAAGUCAGCAGAUUGGCUCCUGUCACUCAGAGACUUUGUGUAUUUAACGCUUCUAACCCGUCAUCCCUAACACCUCCAUAUACCCACCUGGGGAAUAUCUACAUAGCACUAUAGGACAUUCCUUAUUCCUAGUAACUGCGGAUAUGUUGCUUCUGUGUUUGACUCAUAGCCAUUUUGCUCCAUGUGUAUGCCUGCCUGGGAGUGUGUGCGCGUGUGUGCCUGCGUGCGUGCGUGUGUAUAUAUAUAAUCGCACCAUAAUUUAUUCAGCUAUAUGGAGUAGUAAUAGUAGAAAGAGAAACUGGUAUUUGCUUUAACUACCUGCUGCCUGUAGGUGUCUCUCUGUAACUCAGGCAUAACUGUUAUACAUUAAAAAAGGAAAAAAAAAGGAUUAAA